UUUAAAAUGAAAUCAAUUGAAAUUUUAUUCAUUACUUUUGCAAUAGCCUCAUGCAUUUACACUCCUGCUGAACGUCAAUUUAAUUAAGAAGCUUUAACAGGAGCAUAUAGAUUUAAUAAUUUACCUGAACCCUAAAAUGUAUCGAAUUGCGGAAAGGAUGCUACUUAAAUUGAUCUUUUUAAUUUCGUUGGAUAUAUGCUUCAAAAAGCUGACAAAGCAAGCUUGUCUUAAUUAUUAGGAUUAAAGAAAGAAGUUGACGAUUAUUUUAAUGUAAUUAAAAUUCUGAAUUAUUUAGGCUCUUCCAGAAGAAUACACAAGUUGUUUAUAUGCUGAACCUGAAUUUAUAGAAAUCUGUACUAUAUAUGGAUUGAAGGAGACUGAUAAAAUGGAAUAAAUCACAGAUAAAAUGUACCAAUAUGCGAUGGGCCAUUUCCUCUCCACCAAGAAAGAGAUUCAUUAGGGAAAUCUUUUAUGGAAUACAGACCAUAAAUAUAAUGAUGCGGGCUAUUUAAUUGCUAGUUUUGCCAAGAAAGCCUUAGUCACAGGCAUAGAUUAUGUUGAAUGAUUAUUUUAAUGUUAG